UUGCAAAAUAGCGAAUCUUCAACAACGUCACUUUCAGCCUCAAUACCACCAUUGGCUGAGGUUCCCUUACAUAGAAUUCCCGUAGUACUCUAGCUACGACUACCUCUUCGAGAAUUCGAACGAAAAAAAGGAACAAGACCGCACCACCCAAGAUGGCGCAUCCCCGCUGUCUCCUCCAAUCCUCCCCAGCACGAGCCCUCCACAGAGUCCUCGUCUCAGACCUAUCCACCACGACGUCCUCACCAAGCCGACAAACAACAGCCACCUACCUCCUCCCACCACGGCUCCUAUCCUCUUACACCCUCCUCUCCCCCCGCCGGCAAACCCACCCCCCACCAAAUCCAUCGCAAACCCGACCCCUCAGCACCACCCCCGCCCUCCAGCGCAUCCUAAGCUUCGGCCAGCGUCUCACCAACAGCAACAUCCCCUACCGGUGGGUGCGCAUCGCCGAAGACGGCGUGCUCUCCGAGCCCAAGCUACUAAACCGCGUUCUCGCGACGCUGGACCCCAAAACGCACACCCUAGUAAUGGUCGCGCCGCCACCCGAACGCGAACCAAGCGACUCCGAAUCCGCGGACUUCGAAGAAGAAAACCCCAUCACCAUCCCCGCAGCCGUAUGCCGGAUCGUCGACAACGCCGCCGCAGCCGCCGCCGCCGCAGAAAUCGAAGCCGCAGCGCGCCGGCGAGCGCUGGACACGAAGGAGCUGGAGUUAAGCUGGAGCAUAACGCCGCACGACCUCUCGCACAAGCUGAAGAAGAUGCGAGGGUUUCUGUCGAAAGGGUUGUCUGUCGAGGUCAUCCUCGCGAAGAAGCGGGGGGGCCGAGCCGCGACGAAGGAGGAGGCGAUGGCGGUUCUGGAUACGAUACGGGAGAACGUGGAGCAGGUUGAUGGGGCGAAGGAGACCAGGAAGAUGGAUGGGUCGCUGGGGGGUGUGGCUAAGUUGUUCUUCGCGGGGCCGAGUGAGAAGAAGAGGAAGAGGAAGAAGCAGCCGGUGGAGGAGGAGGAGUUAGUGGAGGAUUGAGGAGUCCGUUUGGUUGUUGGGACUACUAGAAUAAUUCGCAAACUGCGUCGGCGAUGAUAUAGUUGAAGAUGGGGGCAGCUCCGUUUUGUGGGCUGGCAGCAUUGGGUGUAUAGAAAGCCUUGACGGUGUAUAUACUUGCAUCUAGAAGCCGUCCUACAGUUAAGCAACCGUCUAGACUUAGAAUUAGGAAACAACAUACAAGUCGAAUAGGAGCACGUAACGUAAGAAGUCAACUAUUUCAUGCGCUUUAUAUAUAUCAAUACC